AUGGGGCUGCUGGACCUUUGCGAGGAAGUGUUCGGCACCGCCGACCUUUACCGGGUGCUGGGCGUGCGACGCGAGGCCUCCGACGGCGAGGUCCGACGAGGCUACCACAAGGUGUCCCUGCAGGUACACCCGGACCGGGUGGGCGAGGGCGACAAGGAGGACGCCACCCGCCGCUUCCAGAUCCUGGGAAAAGUCUAUUCCGUUCUCAGUGACGGAGAACAGAGAGCAGUGUACGAUGAGCAGGGAACAGUGGACGAGGACUCUACUGUGCUCACCCAAGACCGAGACUGGGAGGCGUAUUGGCGGCUACUCUUUAAAAAGAUAUCUUUAGAGGACAUUCAAGCUUUUGAAAAGACAUACAAAGGUUCGGAAGAAGAGCUGGCUGAUAUUAAGCAGGCCUAUCUGGACUUCAGGGGUGACAUGGAUCAGAUCAUGGAGUCUGUGCUUUGCGUGCAGUACACAGAGGAACCCAGGAUAAGGAAUAUCAUUCAGCAAGCUAUUGACGCCGGAGAGGUCCCAUCCUAUAAUGCCUUUGUCAAAGAAUCGAAACAGAAGAUGAAUGCAAGGAAAAGGAGGGCUCAGGAAGAGGCCAAAGAAGCAGAAAUGAGCAGAAAGGAGUUGGGGCUUGAUGAAGGCGUGGAUAGCCUGAAGGCAGCCAUUCAGAGCUGCAGGAGAAUAUCUGGCAAGGUGCAUUUAAUAUUUGGAAAAAAGAUAUGACCAGUAACCUACUUUAGGAAGAAAAUAAGCAUCACCUGGCAUCAGAACUGGAAUAAAACAUUUGUCCCUAUCUGGUAUUGCACUUCUCUGCUGAUUUGGAUUUGUAAAUUCCCAGCUGAUGAUGGAAUUCUUGACAGUUCUGGACCUUCUGGUUAUCGUUUUCCCUAAUAACUAUAGUUCUCAGGUAAAGUUCCUAAACCUUCAUUCCCUUCAGUAGGAUCUGGAGCAGCUUGCAGUAUUCCUUAUCCUUAAGACAGUAAUUGAAGCUGAAUGAUACUUUCAUGUCCCAGAAGUAACAAAGCAACUUACUUUUCAACUUUGAAAAAAAGUACUGUCAGAAGGAAUGAGAGAUUAAUUAUACAUCAAGACUACUCAUCCCCAAAUGAAUGCAUUUAUAGCUCUGUUGGUAUAGAUAUAGCUACAUCCACAUAAUAAUGCUUAACUUGGAAGCCGCAUUGAAAACACUGCUGUGGCCUUAUUAUCUCAUACCUUUGAGGAUAUUUUUAGAAAUUAAUCAUCCUAAGACAUUUUGUGAAUCAACAGCUAAAAGAAUUCUAUGUUUAAAAUUGGCUCCUAGGUAUUUUUGCAUGAUGAGGCUCAGAGUGUGUAGUGAAUGAAGGGUGGGAAAGGCGAUUACUUUUAGUGUCACUUCCUAGGAGGUGCUAAGGGAUAUUUUUCCUGGUAUGUAAGCAACUACUUAUCUGAGGUUUAUGAAGUUUUCAUUGUCAAUGGAAUAAGCAGAUCCCAAUGGUACAGAAAAACCUUAAAGGGGAAUUAACUAUUAUUUUGGAGUGAAUUUCACUGACUAUGUUCCCACCACGGAAAAUGUUUGAUUAAAUAAAUAGGUUCUUUAUUCCUUUUGUAACCCCAAUAUAGUAUUCUAGCCAACAUUUUAUUUUUACAAAUAGACAGAACUCUUUAGCUAGAUCAACAGAAAGAUUCAAUAUCUAUUUCAUUAAAAUUAUUUAACCCCUGCUGGGUGCGGUGGUUCACACCUGUAAUCUCAGCACUUUAGGAGACUGAGGCAGGCAGAUUGCUUGAGCUCAGGAAUUUGAAACCAGCCUGGGCAACAUGACAAGACCCCUGUCUCUACUAAAAACACAAAAAGUUAACCUGGCAUGGUGGCACCACCUGCCUGUGGUCCCGGCUACUUGGGAGGCUGGGGUGGGAGAACCACUUGAGCCCAGAAGUUGAGGCUGCAGUGAGCCAUGAUCAUCCACUGCACUCCAGCCUGGGCGACAGGAGUGAGACUGUAUCUAAAAAAAUAAAAUAAAAUAAAAUUUAACCCCAUUAAAAAAUUCUGUGUUGGAUCUAAA